AUGUCGAAGAAAGAACUCGGAAAAAGAUUGAGUGAGUUGAUGAUGAUCAGAAAGGGUCUGUACGUUGUUCGCGACUCUGUAGAAAAAUUUGUGGCACAUUAUAACUACGAAAGAGAUGCGUGUCAGAUUUUUGUUCGAUUGGAAUCAUUGGAUAGGAUGUAUCGUGAAUUUCUGGAAGUGCAAGGUGAGAUUGAGAAAACCGAUGAUUCAGACAAUCUUGAUGAUCAUCUCACAGAACGGGCUGACCUUGAAAUGCGAUACUGUGAAGCCAAAGGUUUUCUGCUGUCGGUUCGAAUGCCUGAUCCAAACCAGACGGUUUUGAAUACGUCAAUGAUCGCUCCUGCGCCGCAUCCAUCCAGCAGUUUUCAUUUAAGGCUGCCAAAGAUAGAUCUCCCUAAAUUCAACGGUGACUCUUCUCGAUGGUUAUCGUUCCGCGAUACGUUUAGCUCAAUGGUCCACAGGAAUGACGAUAUCCCUCAAGUGGCCAAGCUCCAGUAUCUCCUUCAGUCUCUCGUAGGUGAAGCAAGAAAACCGUUCGAAAGUGUCGAUAUCGAAGCUGACAAUUAUGCUUGUGUGUGGGAUGCUCUUUUGAAGAGAUAUGACAACCGUCGCUUCCUUAAAAAAAGCUUUUUCGAACCCUUCAUGAUCUACCACCGACGAAGAAAGAAUCUGCUCAAGAAUUACACGAGCUCGUCGAUGAAUUUCAACGUCAUGUGA